AUAGUUUCCUGGUUGAACGACAUGUUUGUUUCCUCGGAACGGUGUGUUUACAACGGCUUUGAUAUAUGUUUUCUUUCGUUUUGUGGGUGUGUCAUGUGAUACCCAUAUGGAAGUGUAGUUAUUGAAACCGUGGUAAUAAAAAGGCAGAGCGCUUACGCACACAGCAGGGUGUUCAACGCACCCCGUUUCAGUUUAAAAGAACGUGUUGCAACGUUUUGUCGGGGCUGAACGUGGCCCAGCUGUCCGGAACAGAUCAUUGUUGACAACUGUAGCUUGACAGCAAAGUUCUUCAGUUAAACAAUGAAUCAGUCAACAUGUGUUUGGGUGGGUUGUGUAGUGGUUUCAUCAGCGCUAGCUAACUAAGGAGCCGAGUUAGUUAGCUGGUGAGUCAACAGAUUUGACCCAACACGUUUCAGAGCAUCUGCAGCUUAACGUUAGCUAACGUUAGCUAGCUAACAGGGUUUAGCUAAAGGCGUAGCGUUAGCAGCAGCAUGGGCGAUGGCAGCAUUACUCCCAGGCUCGGCAACAUGAAAGCGUUGCUUGGGAUAGUUGCCGGAGCUGGAGCUUCCUACGGGUUAUACAAACUCAUGAGCGGGGGAAGCUUCAAGAGAAACAAGAAAAGUGCUGCCACUGAAAGUCCUGGUGUCAGGAGCAGUCAGCCCAUUGAAGUUACCCUACAGCCGGGCAGCCUGCUGGCCAGAGUGUCUGGACUGGAUGUUGUCUGUCCCCGACCAGUGGGUGUUGCAUCAGCUGACAUCAUCCACCAGUCCCCUGGCAACCUUGAUCCACAGCACUUGAAAAUGCUGCUGUCGUGUUUGCAGACCAGCAAUAAUCCACCAGACAGAUGUCGAAUCCUACUUACGUUAGGAAAUUCUGCUGCCUUUACUGUGAAUCAGAAUCUAAUACGGGAAUUUGAAGGCAUUCAUAUGAUAGCUGGUUUCCUCUCUGAUCCUGUGGCAGAGGUUAGAGUGCAGACUCUAAAUGCUUUAAAUAAUCUGUGUAUGAACAUCCAGAACCAGGAACAUAUAAAGGUUUAUGUGCCACAAGUGCUGGAGCUGAUAGAGAUGUCGCCAGUGAAUUCUGACCUUCAGCUUGGUGCUCUCAGGCUGCUGACAAACCUUUCAGUCACAGAUAAACAUCAACACUUGCUUAAAGAAUCAAUUACACUUUUACUCUCUCUACUUGUCGUGAGCAUCGAAGCAUUACAGGUUCAGACUUUGAAAGUCCUUGUGAAUCUGUCAUCCAAUCCAGAUAUGAUGGAUGACAUUGUUCAAGCUCAGGCACCAGCUUCUGUUGUGCUGCUGUUUGACGCACGAACAGCCCCUGCGGUGCUUCUGCGACUGCUGACCUUUGCAGGGAACUUAAAGGCCUGGAGGCCCUCAGCCCAGGUGGCUGAUGAACUGAGGCGGAAGCAGGAUUGCCUUUUCCGGGUCAUGUUAGAUGAGUCUUCCCAGCUCCACAGCAGACUGGUCCAGCUGCUUUCACACCCUGAUGGGGAGAUUCAGUCCCAGGUGGCCCGCAUCUUGACAUAGACCUCCUUGAUCUUGAUUCACGCACAGCUUUUGCUUCCACACAUUUUGCCAAAGCCACCAACCAAUCACCCUUCAAGUUAAGUUGUAAAUCUGUGUAUACUCAGAUUACACUCUUGCACUCUCUAUAUCUACAGUGUUCACUAGAUCAGUAUCAUUAACAUACAUAAGUAAAUUAUCUAUUCCACCUCACCAGCCACUCUUUCCUGAUUUCCACUUUCUUACAUUACAAUGAAUUGAUAAGCACCAAGGAAGUAGGAAGAAACCAUUCAUUCAGUGGAGUGUAAAAAAGGCCACCUCUUCCUGUUUUUUUUCUUUCUUCCUGCCACCCAGAGUUUUCUUCUGGUUGCCAGAGACUAUUUGCCUUCAAAGAUCCACAGUGCCCCUCCUUCUGAGAACUUCACCUACUUUUGCUGAAGACACGUUCCAGGUGACAUUUCUGAACCCAAACCCACUGCCAAACAUUUUCCAGAGAAUGUGUCAGAAUGACCUGUGCAGCACGACCCAACGUACUUACUACCCUCCUGUGGCUCAGAGAGCUGAAGAGGUUUCUUGCCGCACACCUUAGCAUGCCUUGGAGACACGAAUGAAUGGAUGCACUACAUCUCCAGUCCUUGCUUAUUUACAUGUUGGAUUUAGAGAUCAUGGUCUUUAAGAUAAUUUAUAUAUGUUUUUAAUUUGAGAAUCAGUGCAUCAUAACUUUAGAAGAGCCAAAGUGAGGUCAACUAACACGGUGGUUGGCCUCCCAUUCAGGUUCAGUGUAUUGGGAAGAACUUGGAGUUGAAACACUGCCUCCCCUGCCUUAAGAAGAGCUAGUACAGGUGGUUGGUAAACCUGGUAAGGAUACAACCUGAGUAAACUUUGACUUAAAAGGUCCACUGAUGCACAAAACUUAAUAAAUAUAUUCUGGCAAAAAAAAGGUCCACUGACCACAGCUGCCUGAGAGAAGCCCCCAGGGUUGAUCCAGGACAUAGUGGUGGGGUUGCAUCUCUCAGAAACACCUGCAAAUCCCAGAGGGGGGAGCUGGAGGAAGUAGCAGGGGGAAAAGGAUGUCUGGACUGCUAUGAUUGUUUCAGCUACCACAAAUAUCAUGCAGAUAUGCAGCUUAGAAAUGAACGAAGGAGGGGUUAACCUCUGAUAAAGCAGUCUGUAGUAAUAAUGAUUACUGCAUUUUAAAAUGUGAAUGCAUACGAUGGUUAUUAAAUUACAACAGAGAUUGAAUGUUAAAUUCAAGCCUUGUUAUUUUAAGUUAUGCACUUACUGUAAUGAGACAGGCUGUAAGUGACCGAUCCACAUGUCUAGCUGGAGGACUGGAGCUGUGGACCCAGCUGCUGACUUGUUCACACUAUUUACAGAGAGGAGCAUGAGUGUGGGUGCAUACCUCUAAAUUGCAUGAAAAAUGUGACAAUUAUCUCAGAAUAUAAAUUUGUAAUGCAAGGAUUUUGUGGCAUGAGCCAGUCCAGGUGUAAAGAAAUGCUGCACAUUUUUUAUGUUUCAACACUGACUUUAUUGAACCCAAAUCCUAAAUAUCUCUCAGGCAAUAUGGUUUACCAGAACAGAUACAGCAGGAGGCUGAUUUAAUUGUAACCUAGAUUAUAAUAUUUAUUUAAUGAAUUUUGCCUAUAAAAUGAGAAAUCUGUUUGUCUGUUUGAUUGUUUCAAUAAAUACCCUAUAUGACAAA